GUUAAAUAUUUAUUCAAAAUGGAUUAAGCAACAUUUAAGGCAAUUAAAGUGAAACUUACAGAUUAUGAAAUUUUAUAAACUUUGGGCACUGGUUCAUUUGGCAGAGUUAGAUUAGCAAAGAACAAAGAAACUGGGGAAUAUGUUGCAUUAAAAAUGUUAAAAAAAGCUGAGAUUUUGAGAUUAAAAUAAGUAGAUCAUAUUAUCUCUGAAAAUACAAUCUUAUCUAAUAUAAGCCAUCCUUUUUUAGUAUAUUAUUUUCCUAUAUUUAGAUUAAAAUGCUUGGAUUUACCUAAGAUGAAAGAUAUCUCUAUUUUCUUCUAGAGUAUGUUCAAGGAGGUGAACUCUUUACUUAUUUAAGAAACAAGGGUAAAUUAGAGAAUGAUGAAGCAGUGUAAUCAUUUUAUAUAAAAAUUAGAUUUUAUGCAGCUUAAGUUGUACUUAUGUUUGAAUAUUUGCAUUCCAAAAAUAUUGUUUAUAGAGAUUUAAAACCAGAAAACCUUUUAAUAGGGUCUGAUGGAUAUUUAAAAUUGACAGACUUUGGUUUUGCUAAAUAAAUUGAAGGCAGGACUUAUACUUUAUGUGGUACUCCAGAAUAUUUGGCUCCAGAAAUACUUCUUAAUAAAGGUAUUAAAAUAUAUAGCAUUUAAAGGUCAUGGAAAACCAGUUGAUUGGUGGUGCUUAGGAAUUUUGAUUUAUGAAAUGUUAGCUGGAAUUGAUCCUUUUAAUGAUGAAGAUCCUAUGGCUAUUUAUUAAAAAAUAUUAAAAGGAAAAGUGAAAUUUCCCAGAAAUUUUUAAUAGUAAGUAAAAUAUUAUUCAUUUUUAUAUAGAGAAGCUAAAAGUUUAGUCAAACAUUUGUUAGUGGCUGAUUUAACUAAGAGAUUUGGAAAUCUAAAAGGAGGGGCUAAUGAUAUCAAAAUUCAUAGAUGGUUUUAAAGUAUGGAUUGGGAAUUUUUAAUCUAAAAAAAAUUAUAACCUAAAUAUAGGCCUGUAGUUAAGUAUAAGAAUUUUUCUAUAAAGAAACAAGGGAGAUACUUCUAACUAUUCUACUUAUCCUGAUAGUACAGAAUUACCUAAACCUGUAAAACCUAGUGAUGAUCCAUUUAUUGGAUGGUAAAAUUGA